AUGAUCUAUCUAUCAUCACAGUCUGCUCAUAUCUAUUUAUCUAUCUAUUCUAUCUAUCUAUCUAUCUUUUCAUCUAUCUAUCUAUCUAUCUAUUCUUUUAUCUAUCUUAGACCGUCCAGAUCCUAUCUAUUCAUUAUCUAUCUAUCCCGAACUGUUCAUGAUCUAUCUAUCUAUCACAGUCUGCUCAUAUCUAUCUAUCCAUCUAUCUAUCUAUCCCGAACUGUUCAUUAUCUAUCUAUCUAUCUAUCUAUCUAUCUAUCUAUCACAGUCUGCUCAUAUCUAUCUAUCUAUCUAUCUAUCUAUCUAUCUAUCUAUCUAUCUAUUAUAGACCGUCCAGAUCUAUCUAUCUAUCUAUCUAUCUAUCUAUCUAUCCCGAACUACCGUCCAGAUCUUUAUCUAUCUAUCUAUCUAUCUAUCUAUCUAUCUAUCUAUCCCGAACUGUUCAUGAUCUAUCUAUCUAUCUAUCUAUCUAUCUAUCUAUCUAUCUAUCUAUCUCCUUUUCUUUUAAUCUUAAUUUUUAUGUUGGUUUUUCAAUUUUCUUCGUCAUUUUUUCUUAUUUUUUGCUUCAACUUUGUUUUUCUUUUAUUCUUUUUCGCCUCCACUGCUUCUUCUUUCUCUUUUUUUUUCUUUUUCCUCUUCUUUUUUAAUCUUUCUCUCUCUUUUUUUAUUCUCCUUUUUUUUCCAUUUUUCUCUUUCUUUUUUACUCUUUUUUUUUAUCCUCCUUUCUUUUUCUUUUCGUUUACUUUUUUAUCUUCCCUUUUCUUUUACUCUUUUUUUAUCCUCCUUCUUUUCUUUUACUCUUUCUUUUACUCUUUUUUUAUCCUCCUCCUUUUCUUUUACUCUUUUCUUUUCCUUUCUUUUUUCCUUUUAUCUUCCUCCUUUUUUUUUCUUUUAAUCUUUUUUUUUCCUCCUUUUCUUUUCCAUCAUUUUCUAUCUUCCUCCUUUUUUUCUUUUUUUUUUUUUUUUCCUCUUUCUUUUCUUUUUUUUUUUUCUCUUUUUUUUCUUUUACUCAUUCAUUUACUAUUCCUUCUUACUCUUUCUUUUAGUCUUUUUCUAUCCUCCUCCUUUUCUUUUAGUCAUUCUUUUACUCUUUUUGUAUCCCCCUCCAUUUCUUUUACUCUUUCUUUUACUCUUUUUCUAUCUUCCUCCUUUUCUUUUAAUCUUUCUUUUUCUCUUUUUCUAUCCCCCUCCUUUUCUUCUACUCUUCCUUUUACUCUUUUUCUAUCCCCCUCCUUUUCUUCUACUCUUUCUUUUCCUCUUUUUCUAUUCUCCUCCUUUUCUUUUGCUCUUUUUCUCUCCUCUUCCUUUUCUGUUAAUCUUUCUUUUACUCUUUUUGCCUCUUUUUUUUUACUAUUUUUCUAUCCUCCUCUAUUUCUUUUACUGUAUCUUUUACUCAUUCUUUUUCUGUUUUUUCGUUCAUCUAACCUUAAUACUUUCUUUCUUACCGUUAUUCUCUUUCGUCUGUUUUCACUUCCCCACCCCUCUUCAUCCAUUUUUCGUAAAUAUAUUUUUCUCUUUUUCCCUCUUUUUCUUUUUUCUUUUUCCUCUUUUCUCUAUCCCUUCCUCCCAUUCACCCAUUUAAAUUUUCUUUUUUCUUUCUUUUUUCUUAUUUCUUUUUCUUUCUUUUCUUUUCGUAUGUUACCUUACGUUGCUUACCGUUAUUCUCUUUCGUCCCAUAUUUGCUCCAUUUUUCUUUUUUUUAACCCAAAUUUCUCCUUCACCCAUUUAAAAAGGAAAUAA